CGUAUCACGUAUGUUUCGGAGGUGCCGAGACAAAUCAGUCGACGGACCCUUUCCUUGUCCACAGGCGGUCAGUCUGACCAAGGCUACGGCUCUAAGGAUGAACUCGUACGGGAGGACGGAGACGGCCUCCGCGGCCCCGAAGCGCGAGUGGAGAGAGUCUCGGCCUCCGAAACCGAAUCCCAGAUGGAAGAGACCUGCGAGGUCACCGAUCUUGCGGAGAAACAGAAUCGACCCGGCGCGGAGCUUCUCGAUCCCGCCGACCCGCCCCCCUUGGGGAGCAGUAUCGUCAGAGUUCCGUCCGGGAUCUUCGACGGUAGGAAGAACAGUUCCGGCAGCGCACCCGGUCCGCUGUUCUCGGCUCAGGAGUCCAGCGAAGAGGCAGCGUUCGCCGACGAUAGCGGUCCCAAGGCUGCCGGCGAAAAGGGACAAAAACGGCAGAAGCAUUUCUCGGAGAGAAGCUGUAGCUUUAGCUCCGAAAGCCGAGCGGGGAUGCUGCUGAAAAAGGGUAGCCUGGACUUGAAUUGCAGCGAAAUGGCGAUGAUGAUGGGCGCGGACGCCAAGAUCCUCACCGCGGCCCUGUCCUCCACGAAGCCCCCCGCCCUCCACAGCCGCAGGACCCAGGGUCUCGACGGCCCAGGCUGCCAGCCGGGUCCCGCCGGGCCUCACGCGACGGAAGGUGCUCGGGAAGCCGAGUACCGGGCGUCGCCGGUGUUGGAGAUGCUCGAGGAAGGGCAAGAGCACGCAGAGGCGGCGGCCGCCGACGGCGCGGCCGGGACGGCGGAAGCAGAGGACGCGCAGAGCGCGCCUCGGGCCGCAGGUCAGGCCGGGCGCCCGCGAGCCGACUCCAGAGACUCGGGCGACAAGAGAAAUAGCCCGUAUAGCGUGGCCCGACCCGUCGAGAGGGAAGACGUCGAAACCGGGCUGGACCCUCUGUCCCUGCUCGCCGGAGGCGCGGAGGACAGAGGCCCGGAGCCCGAAGAGAAGACGCUGUCUCCCGUUGUGGCACGGAACCUGGCGGAUGAGAUCGAGAGCUAUAUGAAUCUGAAAAGCCCCCUGGGUAGCAAGUCUUCCAGCAUGGAACUGCACAAGCAGGAGAACAGAGAGUCCGCAGCCUCCGGCGCCCCGGUUCAUCCUUCGGAGAGGCGAUCCAGCCUCCCCCUGGAUCACGGUCCCCCAGACCGGGAGGAGGACGACCGCUUCGAGAGCCCGUCUCUGGCGUCCGGAUCGAAAGCUCUCGCCGGGCCCCCCAAGCAGCCGACCCCCGGGCGCCCCCACAAAGAGCGCUCGACGUCUCUGACGGCGCUCGUGCGGUCCACCCAGCACGGAUCGCUGGGCUCCGUGGUGACGUCUCUGUCGGGCCUGAAGUUGGAUAAUAUACUGUCUGGACCCAAGAUGGACGUUCUGAAGUCGGGGAUGAAGCAAGCGGCUACGGUAGCCAGUAAGGUGUGGGGCGCCGUGGCCUCUGCCUAUAACUACUCGGACGACGAGGAAGAAACCGGUAAAGAUUACAGCUUCCCCACCGGGUUUGAAGACCACGUUCUGGGAGAUCGUCCGCUCUCAAGAGGAAGUAUCCAAGGAUUGGCCGCCAGCGAACUCACACAGAGCAACACCAGCCUUGGCAGCAGCGGCAGCAGCGGAGAUGCCAGCAAACUGCACUUCCCCACGGGUGAAGUCCCGUUGCCAAGAGGCAUGAAGAGCCCGGAGUUUGAGAAGUUAGACCACGGUUCUUCUCAAAACACCAGCAUGUCCAGCAUAUACCAGAAUUGUGCAAUGGAGGUCUUGAUGUCAAGCUGUUCUCAGUGUCGAUCCUGCGGCGCUCUGGUUUACGACGAGGAGAUCAUGGCCGGAUGGGCCGCCGACGAUUCCAACCUGAACACGACGUGUCCGUUCUGUAAAAGCACCUUCUUACCUCUUCUCAACGUAGAGUUUAAAGACUUCCGCGGAUCUGCGAGCUUUUUCCUGAAACCAAGCGCUUCUGGUGACAGCCUGCACAGCGGUAGCGUUCCGUUAGCGGUCGGUCCCCUGGAACCCAAGCCUCUGCCCGCUCCCGCCGAUCCAGAUUUGACCCGUUCGGAAGAUUUCACGAAGCGCAGUCGAGACGCAGCCGAAGGGACCGGUUCCGCGGAUGAACCGAGGAAAUCAGCAGCGGACAGCGAAGUCCCCGCAGCCGUGAAGACUCUGUCCGUGGCUAACAGUUUCUCCAGGCGAGGGGUGUCUCUGACGCGAAGUCACAGCGUCGGAGGGCCUCUGCAAAACAUCGAUUUCUCGCAGCAGCCGUUCCAUGGCAUUUCAACGGUUAGCCUUCCUAACAGUUUGCAGGAAGUCGUGGACCCGUUAGGAAAGAAGCCCAAUCCUCCUCCUGUUUCAGUGCCUUACCUGAGUCCUUUGGUGCUGCGUAAAGAACUUGAAUCUCUGCUAGAAAACGAGGGCGACCAAGUGAUUCACACCUCGUCGUUCAUCGAUCAACAUCCGAUCAUCUUUUGGAAUCUGGUGUGGUACUUCAGACGUCUGGAUCUGCCCAGCAAUUUGCCGGGACUUAUUCUCACGUCGGAGCACUGCAACGAAGGGGUACAGCUUCCUCCGUCAUCUCUGUCGCAGGACACCAAGCUAGUAUUUGUCCAGCUGUUGUGGGACAAUAUCAACCUUCAUCAAGAGCCUGGAGAACCUCUGUACAUUUCCUGGAGAAAUUUCAAAUCCGUCGAGAAGAAACGGGCCUUGGCUUCGGAGGACCAGCGAGCGACAAGCGCCCUGGUGGAAAACAUCAGGCAGAGCAUUCAGGAUAACAACGUUCUCAGACCCAUCAACCUCCUGCUGCAGAAAGUUAAGCCGGGAGCGAAACGACAAAGGAGUUUGUACAGAGAAAUCCUCUUUUUAUCUUUGGUGUCUCUGGGAAGAGAAAAUAUCGAUAUCGAGGCCUUCGACAACGAGUAUGAACUUGCUUAUAAAAGUCUCUCAACCGAGGUGCUUGAAAAGACGCAGAAAAUAGACGUCCCACCGAGUAGGAAUGUGGAGUGGUGCCGGAAAUGUUUUGGCGCGCCUCUGAUUUAAAACAAGGGAAGAAUCGGAAGCAGUUUCACAACGCAAACUAAUACCGGGAGACAACGUGCAAACCUAGCAGCCUGCCGAGAUUCGGAUUCAAGCUCCUGAGAGCGGACAAUAGUCAGAGGUCGCUAAUUGCGGCCUCCGUGGGGGACAGUUUACUCUGUUGUAAUUCAUUCUGACGCGAUCUCGCGACGCGAGUGUCAUGCCGUGAGACAGCUAACGUUCUUCGAUGGAAGGCUUUCGAUUUCCAAACCGCUAGCCGGUCCUCACGGAAACCUUGGACUUUUUCCUAAGAUCCACGGUGGGAAGAGAGCGAUAAGAAGCCAGUUUACCGUAGGCGUUUUACUGGUGGGGGUGGGUAGCUUUCCAAGUUCGGAAGAGUUCGACUCUAACUGCGUAAAGCCUCUCUAGCCGCGAGGCGAGCGAUCCAGCUAGUCGAUUCGACCGCAGAACCGUAGGUUGGAGGCGUACGUGCGUGCGUCUGUAGUCGCGCGUACCGUCGGCUUGUGUGUUUACUGAGAUCUCCCCGGGUUCCAUGGUGACGCAGUACGACGUGGCCGUGAACUGGCCCGUAGUUAUCACCGAUCCAAAUGAUCUGAGCCUGGGGACAGGCAGUCUCCCUGUUUCCGGCUUCACUUUUCCAUCCGUUCACGUAUAGUUUCACUCGUCCCGGCGCUCGCUGACGUGUUUUACCGUGGAUACUCGGCCCUCUUCCCGUUCUGCCUCGUCCCUGACCAAAAUAGCCUUGGUAACCCGAGCCGCCGUGAGACCGACCCGUCUCCGAGUCGAUCGGCCGCCUAAACGAAACCGAACCUAGGUCGCGCCGAGGGUUCACGGUGUUCGUCGAGGCCCCGUUCUUCAGGUUCGCGGGUUCCUUGUCCUCUGGUUUGAAGCCUUCACUUCUAGGCACCGAAGCCCUUGGUCACUUUUUAAAACCGGUGGGAUGGCUUGCACUGCAGUGGAAGUCGAAUGGUGUAUAAUGCUCACAGAUUUACGUGCACCUGCAUAAGAGUGUGUGCGCGUGUGAAUACACGUAUGUGUCUGCGUAUAUACAUAUAUAUUUUAGGUUGAAUUCCGUCUUACAAAUUAAAACUUGAUCUUACAGUAGUUUUCGAAGAAAUCGGGACCUCGCACGCCUCGCCUGUCGGUCACGCCUUAUGCUUCCUGUUGGAAAAAGACAAACCCCGCCAACGUAUACCUCCAGAUUGCUAUAAAUUUGCCUGAACCCUGCGCCUCGUUUAAAAGGCGAUAGCAGGAAAUGAGUCUGUGGCGUGAUGGUACCUAACUGAAAUGACGGCAAAGGGUUGGAUUUCCUGGAAUUACUGACAGCGAUGACUUAAAGGGUAACUUCCAAAUGGGGAAAUGGGUGGAAUCGCAAAAGCACAUUCUCACUUUCUGCACAGGGUGUAAUUUUCU